CUUCACCGGGUGCCUUUGCGCAAGCGGCGGGAGGCCGAGUCCCUUAGAGACACAAUCCUCUGAAAUUCAUGAACCAGCAUGCUUGGCAGAAGACCUAAAAAAAGCCCUCAGGCAAAGGGCCAGGGAGCUGCAGUUGCAAAGCAGCUGGGGCUGUUUGUAGAUUUCAGUCCUGAAGAGAUGCUGCUGGGUGCAGAGGAAGGUGGGGAUGAUGGGGACCUAGAAGCAGAGCUUGCCGCUAUCACAGGAGCAAAGGUGAAAGAAGGGAAAUCAAAACCAAAAGGGAAAACUCCUCUGCCCAUGGAUCAUAUUGAAAAGAUGGCUGCAGAGUGUAUGAAGGACCUGAAUGAAGAUGAGGAGGAAGCAGCAGAUGAUGAAGAUUUGGAGAAAGAUACAGACCUGUUGGCAGAAUUGCAAGAAGUUCUGGGGGUGGAAGGUGAGCCAGGAAGCUGCGAGGAUGAAACGGUAGCAAUGGAGCCAUCCACAGCUGAACCAGAAGAUGAGCAACCUGAACUGCAACCACAGACCACCUCACUUCCUGCUGUUACCAGUGAGCUGCAACAGACAAUAGAGAAGAGAAUUGCUAACUAUAGGACAGCAAUUUCUAACGCAAAGGAGUCAGGUGAGAGUGCCAAAAUACGCCGAUACGAAAGAGGCCUUAAGACACUGGAAACCAUGCUGGCUGCAGUGAAGAAAGGCAAAAAAAUCAAUGAGGAAGAAAUGCCACCUCCUGUUGCAACAGGAAAGAGUUCUUCUCACUUAUCUCAAGCCACGGGAGUGGAGCUAGAGAAUUCAGGAGAUUCAGUCAGUGUCCUACCAGAGAAUAAAGCUGAGUCUGCUGCAGAUGAUGAGCAGAAGACCUCUCAUGAGGCAGUGCAGCAUCUGGAAUCAGAGUCUCUACAGGGUCAUGCUGCUUCUGGUCCUACCGUGGAAACAGAUCUCCAGAACAGCAGCACACGAGCAAUAGUACUUAAGAGGCAGAAGGAGUAUAAAUUAGCAGCUCUAAAAGCUAAGCAGCAAGGGGACCUGGAGAAAGCGAAGGAGUAUAUGAAGACAGGCAAGAAAUUUAAUGUGGUCUUGGAAGCUUUGGAUAGUGGGCAGCCGAUAGACCUGCACAAUAUGCCUCCAUCUCCUCAGGAUCUUGAAAGGCUAGGAAACAUACAAGAUGCAUCCAAGCAAAAGGUACCAGCUCCAGUGGGAAGUUCCCAGGAUCUUACAACACCUGAAUCUCACAUCCAAGAAGCUUCAGCUUCCCUGCAGCAGCCAAAAACAGUUCUGGAAGCGUUGCAGCAGAGGCUUGAGAAGUACAAGUUGGCAGCAGCACAGGCUAAAGCAAGUGGGGAUGAUCGGAAAGGCAGGAUGCACGAGAGGAUAGCCAAGCAAUACCAGGAUGCCAUCAGAGCCCAUAAAGCAGGGAGAAAAGUGAAUUUUUCUGAGCUACCUGUUCCUCCUGGGUUUCCCCCUCUUCCUGGUGUUGCAGCAACGGAUGGUGACAGCACAAUAGCUGCUGUUCUGGAAAGUGCCAGCAAGCUGGCAAACAUGGAGGAGAAUGAUGAAGAGGAGGAGAAUGAACCUCUGACGCAGGCCCCAGUUGCCAAGAAGCCUGCUCAGCUGCCUGGAAAGCCGACUCAAGUUGUUAAGCCAAUUACAGUGCCAUCUGCUGUAGCUGAGGAGGAGAGCUCUCCUGAGCGUGUGAAACGAGCUGCAUCGCCCUCCACCCUGGACAAGGCAGAGUCAAUGGAUCAUCUCCCUCCAGCUGCUAGGGAACAGCUGGAAUUUCUGGAGAACAGAAAGAAGCAAUACAUGAAGGCAGCCGUCAAAGCAAAGAAGGAAAAUAACCUUGAACAGGCUAAGAUGUAUCUCAGAACAGCUAAGAGCUUUGACCUAAAGAUUGAACAAGCAAAAUGUGGCAAACCUGUUGAUAUUUCCAAGCUGCCAUCACCCCCUACAGAUGAUGAGGGUGAUUUUAUCUUCAUACACCAUGAAGAUGUCAGACUGUCUCAGAAAGCAGAUGAAGUAUAUGCACAGCUCAUAAAAUUGCUGAAGGACCAACAUGAGAGGUGUUUGCAGUAUUCCAAGCAAUUCAUGCAUCUGGGAAAUGUAGCAGAAACGACUCGGUUUGAGAAACUGGCACAAGGUUGUAAAAAGGACAUGGACAUUCUACAGCUUGCACGAGCACAAGGAAUGGACCCUCCAAGCCAUCACUUUGAGGAAAGAACCUUUAAAAUGAUAAGGAUAUUUUCUGAGCUCAACAGCACAGAAAUGCACCUUCUUAUUGUCAGGGGGAUAAACCUACCAGCUCCGCCAGGUGUAUCGCCAAGAGAUCUGGAUGCAUUUGUGAAGUUUGAAUUUCAGUACCCGAGUGCGGAGCAACCUCAAAAGAGUAAAACACCUGUAAUUAACAAUAACAAUUCUCCAGAAUAUAACCAGUUGUUUAAGUUGAACAUCAACCGAAAUCACAGAGGUUUCCGACGAGCGAUUCGGUCCAAAGGAAUUAAAUUCGAAGUAUUUCAUAAAGGGUCCUUUUUCAGAAGUGACAAGCAGGUGGGGACAGCACACUUGAAACUGGAAAAGCUGGAAUCAGAAUGUGAAGUUAGAGAGAUCAUCGAGAUUUUUGAUGGCAGAAAGCCCACUGGAGGGAAACUGGAGGUAAAAGUGAGACUCAGGGAGCCCCUCAGUGGUCAAGAUCUUCAAACAAUUACAGAAAAUUGGCUGGUCCUUGAACAUUAGUUCUAUCUGAGAUCCUUUGGAAUGUUAAAAGAUGUGGGAUGAACGUAUGUAGAAAGAUGCUGCUAGCUGCAAGCACCAAAGAUGUUAAACGAAUGCACUACUGAACCUAAUGUCUAUUUUGAUAACAGCCAUAGUGCUUAUUAAUAACUUUAAGGCAAAUGUAAGGCUCUGGAAAUCUGCUGCUGCAGGGGAUUGUUAACUAGUCUACACAAAAUAGACAGAAUUGCCUUAAUGUGGGACUACUAAUGUAGCACCAGGAUGAAUGUUACAUUAACUAUGCAUAGCGGUGUGUGAAAAGUUCAGCCCCUUAAAAAUUCCCUGAGGCAGUGCAAAAACUUUUCAGUCAAGUCACAGGUAAGACCUUUACUAGAAUUCAUUUCUUCAAGCGUAUCAGCAGCCGAUGUGGUACAGUGAACAGUCUGCUACUGCUUUUUCUGUUCUCUCUUAUCAAAGCCUGUUUGGGUUUUUUUUUGUUUCCUAAAAUAGAGGAGAGAGAACUCAGGCAGCAAUCUAGUGGCAGCGUGUCCCUCCUCUGUGCAUGCCAUUGCAACAUGGAGUUCAAUGGGAUGUUGCCUUUCAGAAGAAAAGAAUGCAAGACUUCUUAGCAGCAGGUGUUUACAGAUCUACAUUUUUGUUCCGGCUACCAGUUGUCUGCCAUGCUUGCUGCACUGCUUGUUCACUGCAGCCCCGGUACUGUGCCUUCAUCCUUUUUCUUUUUUUUUCUUUAAAUUUAAAAAAGGAGAAAGAAGUACAGUAGACUCUGCUGCUUCCCGAAUGUUCCUUGUAUUUUUACAAAAAGAGGCUUUUACAGUUCUUCCAGGUGAUGGGGAAAAUAGCCACUCUUUGUCAUGUAGAAAACUGGAUUAUGACUAUUUUCAGGAAUGCUUUUGAUCAGCAGCAUACAAAAAAUGGUACCAAAUAUGUUUGUGUUUUUAAAUCUCUGUGAGCUAACAGAAACGACUGAUCUCAAAGGAGAGGAUGUGCCUGCACUGAGGAGUUGGAGCGCUCCUGCACCAGCUGUUUAGGUAGGGCAAGUUUGUCGACAGAAAAAGAGUCCAGACAAGUAAGGCAGCGCUGCCUCUGUCUUCCUGAGCAGAUGAAGACAAUACAGUGUUUAGUUUUUAAUUUCAAUAAAUUUAAUAUACAAAACUACAUGUUGAAAAUAAAAAUAUAAUAUGCA